AUGUCAGAAUUCAACUACACCUGGAGGAUCGAUUUCGACCAGUAUAUAUUCGACUAUUUUGAUGCGGUGUAUCAGGAAAGUAGUUCUCACCCGGUGUUUCGGGGGAUCUUUAUCUCGGUGUACGUAGGAAUAAUAGUCACUGGUGUCUUCGGCAAUAUUAUGGUAUGUAUGGCCGUGAAACGGAACAAAAACCUACACACACCGACGUAUGUAUUCAUAUGUAACUUAUCCAUCAGCGACAUCGCUGUAUGUCUGUUCUGUUUGCCGUUGACACUCGUUUACACGCUAUCAGAUACGUGGCUAUUCGGUGAAUUUCUCUGCUACACUGUAUUACCGCUUCAGACUGUGUCCGUACUGGUGUCGACAUUGACGAUGACAGCAAUUGCCAUCGACAGAUACGUUCUCAUUCUGUACCCUUUGAAGAAACGCAUUACUUUACAACAGAGCACCACUAUCAUGGUUUCGAUCUGGCUGUUAUCGCUCAGUCUAUCGGCGCCUCUAAUUGCAUAUCGCCUGUACGAAGAAGUUAAUAUUCCUGAAUUUCAUUUAAACAGGGUAUUAUGCAGCGAAGCUUGGCCAAGCACUCGGAAGAAACAAAUUUACACGUCAUUAAUUUUCACCUUUCAAUAUAUAUUGCCUAUAAUUGUAAUUCUGAUAACAUACUAUCGUGUAUGGGUUAAACUGAGAAAUCGAGUUGUCCCUGGCGUUCUUACAACUGAACAAGUACAGUCGGAAAUGUCCAAGAAAUACAAAACGAACAAAAUGUUAAUGGCGGUUGUGGUAGUGUUUGCCGUUACGUGGUUACCCCUAAAUGUUUGGAUUCUUUUAUCAGACUUCCAAUUUUCUAUUCUCGACGGUCACUGGAUUGAUUUAAGUUAUCACAUCUGCCAUUCCGUUGCCAUGAUAUCAGCGUGCAUCAACCCGUUUCUCUAUGGUCGCCUUAGUGAUAUAUUUUAUCGAGAGUUUCGCCAAAUGGUGCCGUGCAUUGCCUCUAUUUGCGGAGGGGCGUCUACAAACGUUGAAAACCUCGCACACAGAAAUCCAGUUUGCGUGGGCACCAACUUAGAUGACUUAAACAACUUCAAUCAAGGCCAUCGGGCAUGUUUGUACGCUGACAGCCAUACCGGAAAUUCGCGUGAAGGAAAUUCAAGAAGUUCGCCAUCUACCAACCCCACGCGUUUUAGUUCCAAUUUAGUGUGA